GCGCGUGCGCUGCUCGGCUGUGUUCGGGGCCGGCUAUCAUGGCGUCGUACGUGGACAUUCUGAAGAACGAGUUUCCCGAAAUCGACUCGGAGCUGUUCGACUACAUCACGGGGGUUUUGGACAGCGGCGGACCAGACUUCGAAGAUAGCGAAGAGGUGUUUGACGCCAUCGGUGGAGUCUUGCAGGAUGUGUCUGCUGACAGUAAAAAGGAGGAUGAUAUCCGAGACAUCUGUCUCCAGAUGUUCAACACUCUGAAACUGAAUAACUGUCACAGUUCUCAGAGACAGGUGUUGUUGGAUGCUCCAGUUCAGCUGUCUCAGAUCUCUGCAGACCAUAUUUCUGCUGCUAGUGAUGUCCAGGGCAUCUGGAUAAUGAAACGAGUCCCAAACACAACUGUCAAUGCCAAGAAGCUGGAGAAGGCUGAGGCCAAACUCAAGGCCAAACACGAACGGAGAAACGAGAGAGAUUCUCAGAAGACUCCUAAUCCACUCAUCUUGGAGGAGGCGUCAGCCAGCCAGGCCAGCAGCAAAAAAGACAACCGCGUGGACCAAUCUGGAAAGAACCGCAGCUACGACGUCCGUAUCGAGAACUUUGACGUUUCCUUCGGGGAAAGGUGUCUGCUGCAGGGGGCUGAGCUGUCGCUAGCAUCAGGACGGCGCUAUGGCCUCGUGGGCCGUAACGGUCUGGGCAAGACGACCCUGUUGAAGAUGCUGGCAAGCCGCAGCCUGCGGGUCCCUGCCCACAUCUCCAUCCUGCAUGUUGAGCAGGAGGUUGCUGGGGACGACACAACGGCAUUGCAGAGCGUUCUGCAGAGCGACACGGUGAGGGAGGGUCUACUGGCGGAAGAGCAGCGGCUCAAUGCACGCAUCUCGAAUGGAACUGCAGAUGGGAUGGAGAGUGUUCGGCUCUCAGAGGUCUACGCCAAACUGGAGGAGAUUGAAGCAGACAAAGCACCUGCCAGAGCCUCUGUCAUCCUAGCUGGCCUUGGCUUCUCACCCAGGAUGCAGCAGCAAACCACCAAGGAGUUCUCUGGAGGCUGGAGGAUGAGGUUGGCGUUGGCCAGCGCACUCUUCGCACGACCGGACCUGCUGCUGCUGGACGAACCCACCAACAUGUUGGACGUCAGAGCCAUCCUGUGGUUGGAGAACUACCUGCAGAUGUGGCAGUCCACCAUCUUGGUAGUUUCUCAUGACCGCAACUUCUUGAACGCCGUCGUGACGGACAUCGUCCACCUGCACUCCCAGAGACUGGACAGUUACCGUGGCGACUAUGAAAACUUUAUUAAAACCAAAGAAGACAGACUGAAAAACCAACAGAGAGAAUAUGACGCCCAGUUACAGUACAGACAACACAUACAGGUUUUUAUCGACAGGUUUCGGUACAAUGCCAACCGGGCAGCUCAGGUCCAGAGUAAGCUGAAGCUGCUGGAAAAGCUGCCUGAACUCAAGCCUAUUGAAAAGGAAACUGAAGUCACUUUACGGUUUCCAGAUAACUUUGAGAAGUUGUCUCCUCCCAUCCUGCAGUUAGAUGAAGUGGAGUUCUACUACGUGCCGGACCAGCGACUCUUCUCUGGACUCAACCUGUCAGCUGACCUCGAGUCCCGCAUCUGCAUCGUUGGGGAAAAUGGCACGGGUAAAACCACAGUUCUCAAACUGCUGAUGGGUGAACUCACGCCAAUCAGUGGAGUCAGACAAGCCCACCGGAACCUGAAGAUCGGCUACUUCAGCCAGCACCACGUGGACCAGCUGGACCUGAACGUCUGCUCCGUAGAACUGCUGCUCAACAAGUUCCCCGGCCAUACAGAGGAGGAGUACCGCCACCAGCUGGGAGGUUACGGUAUCACUGGAGAACUGGCAACACGGCCUGUGGCGAGCCUGUCAGGAGGACAAAAGAGCCGUGUGGCCUUUGCGCAGAUGACCAUGCCAUGUCCAAACUUCUACAUCCUGGACGAGCCCACCAACCACCUCGACAUGGAAACCAUCGAGGCUCUCGCCAAAGCCCUCAACAAGUUCAGGGGCGGGGUCGUCCUGGUGUCACAUGACGAGCGUCUGAUCCGCCUGGUCUGCAGAGAGCUGUGGGUGUGUGAGGGUGGAAAAGUUCACCGCAUCGACGGCGGCUUUGACGAGUACCGUGACAUCCUUCAGGAGCAGUUCAGGAAGGAGGGCUACCUGUGAGGGCACAGCCACGCCCACAAACAAACCCUGCCCCGUCCCCAUCACACCAACGCCAACGCCUGCUGCAGCUGCCAGUCACUCGCUGUCUCCCUCAGUGGAUGAGAGGACGGUCACGCCUUCUCUGGUUGGGGGCGUGGCUGAUGUGGCAUGUACUGAUUGGCCCCGAGUGUUUUUUUGUCAUGUUGGGGUCAGAAGGUCACAGACACGGCUGGACUGAAGCGACGUGUCGAGUGCAGGAUGAUUGAGAUGUUAUUUAAAAAGUCUAACACGUGGUUUAGAUUCUGUGGCCGAUUGUGCAAUCUGCCGGAGCGCACGCAGUCGUCAUGGUUACGUGAGUCUCCAGCAAUGGAAGCAAAAUAAAAUCCUGAAAUAUCUGAAUGACGUGUGGCUUCAUCUGAACAACAACCCAAACCUUCAGUUUUCACUGAAACUGAAGAAACAAACUCAAAAAAAAAAAAAAAAA